GCGGCCCCGAGCCAGGCGAGGCUCGGUGAGUCAGAGCCGCACAGUAAAUAUUUGUAUUAGCCGGAGCCGGCUCGCUAAUGGUGGACGCGUGAGGCGGAGGAGCGCGGCGGUGGGAGGCAGCGGGCAGCGCGGCGGCGGCGCCAUGUCCGUGAACAUGGACGAGCUCAAGCACCAGGUCAUGAUCAACCAGUUCGUGCUGACGGCGGGCUGCGCGGCCGACCAGGCGAAGCAGCUGCUGCAGGCGGCCCACUGGCAGUUCGAGACGGCCCUCAGCGCCUUUUUCCAGGAGACCAACAUCCCCUACAGCCACCACCACCACCAGAUGAUGUGCACUCCUGCCAACACCCCCGCCACGCCCCCCAACUUCCCUGAUGCCCUCACCAUGUUUUCCCGUCUCAAGGCUUCCGAGAGCUUUCACGGUGGUGGCAGUGGCAGCCCAAUGGCCGCCACGGCCACGUCCCCCCCGCCACACUUCCCCCACGCUGCCACCGGCAGCUUCGCGGCACCCAACUGGCCGACUGCGGCCUCGCCUCCAGGGGGGCCACAGCACCACCAGCCGCAGCAGCCGCCCAUGUGGACUCCGGCCCCCCCCUCCCCAGCGUCAGACUGGCCACCCUUGGCCCCCCAACAGGCCGCUUCAGAACCGAGGGCCCACCCUGCGAUGGAGGCCGAGAGAUAAGGGAGGCCCCUCCCCCCUCCCGGAGGCCAGGACCCUGUGGGGCGGGGGAGAGGAUGUCUCCGCGGGCCCCCUUCACCCUCCUCUGUCUGCACCCCCAUUCCCCGGAGCCCUGGAGGGGAGAGACUGGACCCUGGUGCCAGCACACAGGCUGCCCGCGCACAAACAUGGAAGCGCGGGCACGGGGCACCCACCUUGCAUGGAUUUGGUUCAGAGUCGUCUUGGUGCUGGUAGACAGAACUUCAGAGAACAAGCAGCCUUCGCCACAGGACUUGCUCGCCCUGCCCCACCCCAGGGGGCUGCGGAGAAUCGCCACAGCAGCGGAGACUUGGCUGGCUCCUGCCUUGGAGCUCCUUGGGGGCCAGCAGGCCUAGAUCCCCACCCUCGGGAAUGCAGAGCCUUCUCCGCAUGUGUGUGUGUAGCUGUGUCUGUAUUUAUAUGUAUGUCGCUCUUCAAGAAGCAACCUAGUUUGUGGGGCAGCUGGACUUUGCAUGUUAGAGUGAGCCCCCAAGCCCCUUGCCCGCCACCCCUCCCCCCAGGGCCCUGCUCCUUUCUCUUACCCCUUUGCCAGCCACCCUUGCUGUUCCCUGCAGAGAAAAGAAUGGUGGGAAACUCCAGGACUCUUCCCACCCAUUCCCCGGCGCCUGCCUGCUGGGGCUGCCUGCAUGCCCCCCCCAGAGCCCAGGGGCACCUCACACCCUUUCCCUUCCCCCUUUUAACAACAGAGGAGAGUUCAAACCACCACCAGGCUCUGUGGUCUUGCCUCGCAUCCUGAGCUUUGCUUCCCACUGGCUCCAUGUGAAGAGGCAGGGCACUGACAGCCCAGAGCAGAGGGUACCCCACAGUCCCUCCUGGCUUCAUGGGGCUCCUGUCUGCUGCUGUGUUUUUCAACCACAACAUGGCUCUGGAACCUUUCUGCCCGUCCAAGGCUCAUCCCAUGAAGUUGGUUCCUGGCCUGUGUUCCCAGAAUCCCUGCCUCCUACCCAUCCUGCCCCCCCUUUGUCCAGCUGGACUGAUCCUGACCUCCAGGGCUAACAACUGCCUUCCGGUUUGCUUGGGUUUCAUAUAGGACCUUCCUUAGUGUCUUAGGGUCCCAAUGGGUGGCUGCAGGCUGGACUCUCCAAGCCCAACCUCCAGCAAACAUGCCAGUAGGGCAGGGCCCUCCCCCUGGGGAGGUGCAUAUCUUCUAUGCAGAGCUAGUAGGGGCUCAUGACAGGAACAGGACGAGCCCAGGGCAGAGUCCAACCUGCAGCUCAAACCUUUGGUCACGAAGGAGACUGGCAACCUAGGAGGGAGAGACAGGAUCCCAGCCGCUCCCAAGCUAGGUUGGAGCAGACACCUGCUCUUACCCCCCGGGAGACACCAGGGUUGCUCCGCUCUUUGCAAACCACCCCCCCACUGGCUGCCCUUGCUGGGGGAGGGGCUUCCUGGGGCAGCCUCAGCCUUGCACCCCUUAUGAGGGGCUGGGUUUUGGGGAAGGAGGGAGGUCAAGGUCUCUGCCCAACCUUCAGUACAGGCAGACCUCACUCUAACUUAGGAUAGCCCACCCGGCACCUGCCUGGCACCCUGGUCUGCGGAUGGCACCUCGGUUGGAGAGUUUCUUCUAUUUCAGAAGGUCUCCUGCUUGACUGACAUCUCUGUGCUCCCCACUGGCAGUCCUGCCUUUGCUCCUAGGGAGGGGCUGGGCCUUGUGACGAGGAUGCUCCUGUUUCAGGUGUUCCCUGAGCCACUACCUGCCUUCCCCAGCUUUGUCUCCACCCUGCUGGACCCUGGACAGGCUCAGGGGACGACUCUGCUCUGUGGCUGUUACUGAAGACUGACCACUGGGCCCCCGCUCCAGCUGUUUCUUCUGUCCUGGAAUCGUGUCCUCACCUUGAAACCUACCCUUCCAGCAGCCUCUCUGGCCCUCCUCUGGGAAGAGGGCCAGAGAAGGAGCACAGCUCUGUGAGGGGUUCUUGUGGAGAGAGGAGGGGAGGGAGGGAUGGGGCAGAGUAAGGGUGAGGGUGUCUUGGGCCUCCUGAAUCCUCACCACAGCCUUCUGAUGGGAGGAAAUGCUCAGGUAACUGCCACACACACACACCCCCAAGGGGCAGGAGAAAUGUAGAGGCAAGUACGUGUGUGUGGGUUGUCCCGGUGAGCAGAUGACGAUAGUGUGUGUGUCAGAGAUAGGAGACCGGGCACCAUCAAGCAUGUGUGCUCCUGGAGGCGGAGGCUCAACCUGGGGCAGGCCAGCAGGGGGGCUGCAAAUGAACCACAGUCCUGCUCCUCAGAGUUCUGUUAGAGAUGUAGGACCUCGAGCUCACCCUCAGAGGUGUCCCUACACAUCUCUCCUGAGUGCUGAUCUGUGGGGAGGUGCACUUCUGUGUCUGGGGGCUGUCAUGGGCUGGCCUGGAGGUCUCAGGUGGUCACAUCAGGCUGGAAAGGACUUGAGGGUCCUGUAGGUCCUGGUUUUCCAGCCUGGGCACUGGACAUUUGGAGCUGGAUUACUGUCUGCCAUGGGGCGUCCUGGCCCCCACCCACUAGAUGCCGGUAGUGUCCCCCAGUUGUGACAGCCAGAAGUAUCUGUAGACACGGCAAAAUGUCCCCUGAACCCGGGCUUCCCAUAGUUGGCUGCACAGCAGAGCCUCUGGGGAGCUCCGUAAAAAGACAAACCACAGACUCCCAGAUCCCAUGGCAUCGGAGUCCCCGGGGAGAAGGCCUGACAGUGUUUUAAACAUUCUGCAGGAUAUUGAUCAGCUUCGGAAUAAAAACCACUUAAUCAUACACCUUGAAAGGGUGAACUUCAGAGAACACCAACUCGAUGUCAAAGCUGUUACUCAAACAGCUCCCAGGUGAUUGAGAGGCAGGAGCCACCAGACUCAUGACCCCAAACUUAUAGGGCAUAAGUGUCCCCCCUGGGUGCUUGAGGCAGCUGCGCUGGAGGAGGACCCAGGAAUCUGAUUUUUCAUCAGUGCCCCAAGCAAGGAGGGGGCAGAGAGCAGGGCCAGACCUGGGGCCUCCCAAACUUCUCCGCAAAUGCAGAGGCCCUGCCGGGUGUGCUGGGAGCCCAUGGUCUGAGCAUCUCACGGGCAGAGGAAAGGCUGCAAAACUGGGCCAAACUCGUGAGGGAGCCAGAGCUGGGAACAGAGACCUCGGAACCCUCCUCAACUUCCCCAGGGCUGGAAGCUCAGACGCAAAGCUGAAGGAGUCAGUAACCAUCUAUUACAUGUUCCAGUGUAAACUGGAUGAAAAGCAAAGGUGCUGGUGCAGGAACAGAAGGGAACAGACGCAGCCAUCCUCCGCGGUCCUUCAUCUCAGUGCCUCCUGGGAAACCGGCCUUGGUACCUCAAAGCCCAGCUUCUUCUGGGCAUGGUCACCCCCCCAACUCCCUGCCAGACUUGAGCUCAAGUGACCGUUUCCAAAGGUCUGCUCUAAACACCACGCGCACCCAUGGCGUUGCUUGAAAGGACGAUUUGAGCUUUGACUGCCUCGUUUCUGAAGAGUGGACGUGGCAGUAUGUGGGAUGAAGGUCUGGCUUACCCAGGUGACAGGCAGUGGGUGUGUCUUUCCAGUCUGCCGUUAAAACACCUGGGCAUGCAGACUUAGGGGUUUGCAACUCCUCGUGCCCUGACGCGUGCUGCUUGGCUUGCAAGAUGUUCCAUGUCUUUCUGAAUGGCCUGCCAACAUUUUAAAAUCCGGAGAGUUUGCACGAAAAGUCUCACUUCUGGCUUACCUUGGACAUUUGUAACAGCUGGCUGAAGCAGACCGUCACAGUGGGGACACAGCCAGCCCGCCCCUAGUCAGCCAGUCCACUCCACUGGCCACAGACGUGUGUCCAAUUCCUGUCUCCAGAUUGGUUGGAGUCUGGAGGGGACCUUGCUUUUCACCAGGAAGAGCUUCGCAAGUAAAAGGCCUACUCUGUGGGGCGGAGGGGGCACCUGGUGCAUGAAUGGAGACUCUCAAACGCUUUCUGUGGGCAGGCAGGGCUCCUCCUUCAGACAGCUUUCAAAAGAGAAGGGCUUGUUCUCCAAGAUUCUCUCCGAUGAAGGGGACACUCCCAGGGGCGCUGCUGAGGGUCCCCAGAGUUUUUCCAGGGCUCUCUGAGAACACAUUGUGGCCGUGGCACAAAACCACGCUGUCCCCAAGGCUGGCCCCCAAACCCGGCGGUGGGUGGGGCCGGCAUGGCUCUGGAAGUCUCUGAGGGGCUUUUAUAGCAGGACUCCUCUGAGGACAGAUGGGAGCUUUGAGUCUGGUUACUUCCUGGGGUCAGUGUUGGGGAGGCUGCCUGGGCUGGACAAAAGGAGAUCUUUUGAGGCAAGGCUCUUUCCAAUUCCUGCAUUUGGAAAGGCCUCCGGUUGCUUAGCCGCAGCUUCUGUUUGGGCAAUAUAUGUGUUUCAGAUGCGUCUCAGAACAACUCCACUCUUGUAGGGGUGGGGGCGCUGGGUCCUCUCAGACCCAUUUCCAGGAUGGCCGAGGUGCGGGGAGUCUGUGGGAGGAGUUCUGCUCUGCGAUCCGAGGCCAUUUCUCCUGUCUUAGGCGACAACAGCUACACAUACUGCUGGGGGGGCGGGUUCCUGUGGAUCCUGGUGAAGUCAUGAGCAAGGGAGGCCUUUCUCUGGUGGCUGUGUGUGUGUGUGCUGGUUCUCUACCCCGAGCCCCCAAGCCCAUGGAAAGUUAGGGGUCAGGCCAGGGAGACAGAGUGUGCUGAUUUCGUGUCUGCAAGAGGUCCCUGCAUGGAAGGCCCACUUCCAGCACCUCAACUUCCCUCUUGGGUGACUUGCUCUGGGUACUGGCAGUGCAUUUUUCCCAACGUCGAUCCUCUUGUGUGGUAUUCACAUUGCUGUCAUUGGUUGUUGGUACCUUAGAGUUAAGGAGUUCAUGGUCUUUGAAAGGGAGAAAUGGCCCUCUGACCUGCAUCACUGGGUUGUGGGGCCAUAUGUGGGGGUGCAGGGUGGUCACCUCUCAGCAUCUCCAUUCCAGCAGCCCCUCAAAGCAGGACCCUCUGCUUGGUGAGAGGCAUCUCUCUCUCCUUCCUACCCAGCUCAUCUGUGCAGCCCUCCACCGGGCCAGCUCACAUGCCUCCCUCCCCACAUGACCGAUUCGUCCUCCUCACUCCCAGGCAGACCGGGACAGGUGGUCAUCUUACCCUCUGUCCAGCCUGGCACUGCCGCCACGUCGCAGGCCAGGAGCCAUGUCCCCCUGGCAGGAGAGAAGGCUGGACCCAGGGCCUCCUCAAAUUUACCCCACUGCUGACCCCAUCCCAGUUCUGUCUGCUCCCCUAAGCACCUUUCCCUGCUGGGAUGGGGUGGGCUGCCCUCCUGAGGCACCUGUCUGGGGGUCGGUGCAGCACCUCCCUCCCAGCGUCCUGCAGGCCCCACCCUCUGGGGGUGGAAUCUGGAGGGGCGAGGAUUCUGUGUGCAGCUCCCAUCUGGGACCAGGCCAAAGGCCAGCUUGUUCCCCCAAAACCUCUACGGGGGACAGGACUGUUGUCUUCUGCUCUUGCUCCUGACUGGCUGCUGGUGGGUGUCCCCACCUUCCUAAACACUGAGGAGCCUGUCGAAAUGUAAAUGGUUACAUAGUGACCUACCUGGGCCUCAUUCCUCUAUGCCUGGACUGCAGGAACCAACUCAACUGGUUGGAUUCCCUUUGUAAGACUGAAAAAUGGCUGGGAAGGCAGCUUUGAGGAGCGAGUGGGGAUGGAUAAGAGGGUCUGAGAAUCGAGCCUGGGUGUGUGUGAGUGCCCAAGUCAGGGCUGCAGGGGACAAGCCUGGCAUGGGAUGCUUUGCCUGAGCCCGGGCCACACCUCCCUUUCCUGCUAUGGGAGGUGUUGGCAGUUGGGGCCCUCAUACCCAUGUAUGGCACGCAAGGAGGACAGCUCCUGACCGGGGGCUGGAUGGAGAGCUGAGGCCUUCUUGAGCAAACCUGGGCAGGUCACACCACCACCCCUGCCCUCAGACCCCCUAUCUUCCCAGAAUAAAGGGCUGAGGCACCUCGGGACACUUUGCCAUGGUGGAAAAUGUAGCAGAGGCCAGAAGGUUUGCUGUUGAUUCUCUACUGGGACUUAGCCACGGUGGUUCUGGCUGGUGGCUCUGAGACACUGACCCCGGGGUGGGGGCCUGAGUAGGAACCAACAGGUCCACUCACCCACAUGGGGCAGGCAAGGCCACCCUCCAAAGGGCACCAGGCCAGUCACCCUCAUCCACAGUCAAAAAAGUGAAAGAUUUUAUUCUGGGGAGAAGUUGCCAAAAAUACUCAUCUGUGAUACAGGUGUGGGUACGGGGUCCAGGACUGCACCAGCCAGCUCCCCCUAAGGCAUCUUGAACAGGUAAGUCGCCUGGGUCAGGAAAGGCUUGGCCUCAUUUAGACACAGUCCUUGGAGAAAGAAAAGAGAAGUCAGGGUCUGGGAGUGGUCAUGGAUGAGGAGCUGGGGAAGGGUACACAGUGUUCCCAGACUCUGAUGGCUGCCAGCCCGGGGAUCCUCCCCCAUGCCAGCUCCCUGGCUCCCCCCAUGGUGGACCCCCUUACCCACCUGGCAGUCCUGGGGGCCUCUAGUGGAUGUUGGGGGUAAGGUCAUGGCCCAAAACCACACAGAGGGAAAUUUUUUUUAGACUUUGUGUAAUGUGGUAGACAUGUCAGAAGUACAAAAAGCAUAGAGGACACAACUAGGCAGAGUCAGGGAGUGGAAAGGAAGAGGGAGAGAAACUGAUGGAGAAGGAGGGAGGAACAAGCCGCCUUAAAGGAAGAAAUCAAGCCAAGCGUGCACGGUGGCAGUUGCCCAGUCAAUGGCCAGAUCAGGACAUUACGACCUCCUGGUCUGCUCUUUGUUCCAAGUGCAUGGGCAGUUAGCAUAAGAACCAGAAGGACGUCACACAGGCGUGCGGGAUUCCAGCCCUCGGUGGGAGAAAGCAGUCCCGGAAUAUUCCAGGGCUGCUGCUCCCAGUUCCUCAUGGAUUGGCCAAAAAAGUAAAUAUAAACAAUCAGGUUUUAAAAAUAUCCAAUUCAUAACCAUAAUUACUAGUGGGAAUAAUCAACAUGAAAUAAAAGGAUGCACACAGUAAAA